UUGUCAUUUUGGCCACUUCAUAUUGCCACGGGUAGUUGCCAGCUAUGGAGCUUCCACCCGAUGAUUGUGGACCACAGAUCUUUAGCAACCUUGACCUGGUUUCCUUGACUCACAAAGCUGUCCCUGAUUUGAAGACACCAACCCGGAAGCGAAUGGAAUCUGUCAGUGAGGGGCUUUCUGCAGAGAAAGCACUGAAGUGCUGUGCAAAGAUGUGUGUCCACCAUUUCCGGGCAAGCUCACAGAGAGUCAAAAGCAUGGAGGAGAUCCGCUCCAAGAUGGCUGACCUGAACCAGGAAGAGACCAAUGCAUUUAUCUUGGGUAUUCUUGGCAAGCUAUCUAAAAAGGAGAACGUGGGAGACUCACUGUCGUUGGAGUGGGCGCUGUGUGGAGCCACUCUAUGCCGCAAUGGUUUCUGCAUUUUGCUUGGCAUCAAUGAGAAAAGGGUGAUGCGGCUUCUUGAUGGUCUUGCUUUGAACCUGGUUCCACCAGACAAGAGGAAGCACAAUGGCCGCGCCCCUUCCAAGGGCAACAAUGUGGAUUCUUUCUUCACAUACUACUACUGGAACUUUGCUGAGACAUUGGCAGAGGCACCGCCGGAGGAAGAACUGCAAGGUGCUGCUAUGUGCACCUCUGGCCUCUUUCUGCCUAGUGAGGCUUCAUCAGAGCUGCCAGCAUCUUUCAUGGAGGGCUCAGCUCACUACUCAGAAGCUGCUUUGGCAGAGGUGAAUGCUCCAGCAAAAAUGGUGAGACUCACACCAUCGGAUGGAUCUACAAGCUUGGCACCGCGGUACAUCAACCACAUGACCAUGGAAGCAUUCUACCAGAUCUACUUGAUGUGGGCCGAUGGGGCAGCCCUUGAUGAGUCUGAGAUUGCUGGAUGUUGGUGCUUCCGCAAGACCUAUGACACUCAAUGGAAGUCCACUUUGCGGAUGCGAACUGUAUCACAGCAUGCCAGGUGCAGUACUUGUGCAGAGUUCAGCGCCAGGUGCAACAAAGCAGCCUGUGAGUCUGACCGCUUGAAGUUGGAGGCUGUGCAGAAGGGCCACCUUCUCAACGUGCACCAGUACCGCCUCAUUCAGGGGCGGUUGAACACCCUCAGCGAGACAGAGGGCUCCAACAUUUUGAAGAUUGACCUGGAUGGCCUUGACCAGAAUAAAACAAAGUUUCCCAGGAAUCUAGCAAGUUGUUGAGGGAUAUGUCAUUUUGCCACCGGAUGUGGCAAAGGACUCCAGUUGCGAGGCCACGUUGGUGAUGAAGGCUGUGGACUGGGCCCAUGAAGAGCUAUCUCGCCAUGGCCGUUCUUUGCCAGAACAUCUGGUCAUAGAGGAGUGGCGUUGAUCCCUUAAAAUUAAACUGUUUGUAGGUGCAAACACACAUGCCCAACCUUAAUGAACCAUGUCUUUUGAAAUAAUGAUGACUAGUCCA